CGGGGUCGCGCUCCGGACCAGGAAACGGAUCGCGAGAUUGCGCUAGCAGAUUUGCAAACAUUUCUAAACGCUGUUGAGGAAAUUUGGCUAGAUCGCGUGCAGAUUCGUUGGCCUUCCACUCACGGUUCAUGGUGUUGCUGCCUCCCUUCUCCCGUGUCCAGAAAAAGGGAGAGCUAAAACUUGUAGAGCAGGGACUUGCCCCUGUUACCUGAUUACAAGCAUCGCCGGCUAGGCACGGCGACUGCGUUUAGUGCGUUCAGUUACUUCACACUACUCUGUUACGUGUGUGAUCGAUCGAUCGUGCGCGUGGGCGAUCAUCAACACGUACGUGGACAGCGCCAUCACGAACGGGCGCGAGCAAGUCAGUGCUACACAAUGAUGAUGAAAAGCGGUGUCGGGCUAUUGGCUUUCUGAAGCUUCUCCUCUGGUGAAGUCAGCCAUGCAGGCGGACAUAGAAGUCGGUGAUGAUGUACUUUUAUCAGACGAGGGAGUCCUUACUGCAAGCAAUGUCAGCUCCGGCAUUGCCAUACCGGUGGCUACUACUGCUGCUUCUGCUGCUGCUGCUGCAGUUGUCACGGAGAGUGUACAUUCUUUUGUAAUGGUCAGCAACCCGCUGGAUGACCUAUCCAUCAGGGCUAGGGAGCCCGAGCCUUGUCUUGGAAGUGACCAUGGCGGGCCGAAUGAGCGAUUUCCACGGCUUGUGAGCGGACUUGCUGGUGACGCAGUGCAGGUCCUGCAUGCUCUAUCAGCAAAAUGGUAUCUUGUCAGAGUGGCCAAGACGGGCGACGUUGGCCUGGCAAUUGAUGUCCACCACAUUCCUACCAGCAUACAAGCAUCAGACUACCACUCGAUCUUCUUCAAGAACUAUGAAGAGGACAGCAGAGGAGGCACGCCAUGGGAUAACCUGGUCCGCAGCUGUCUCGCAACGCAGCAUCCAAGCACAGAAGACCGUAACCCUCAGGAAGAAGUGCUGUUUCAUAGUCUGCAACGAGUCAACUUUCUGCCGGACGGCACAUGCCUGGAACAUUUGCCUGAGUACCCAUCAUUAUACGUGGAAGUUAAACCUCUGCAGCGGAUGUGCGUCAUCAUGCUGGGGUUCUUGGAACAUCACUGGAGACGGCUAAGCCAGGAGGAAAUCAGCCCAGAGUUGUGUCAUCGCAUGGCCGCAGUGGUGUUCCUCCAUGGCAUCUCUUUCCUCACUAACAUUGGACACCAGACAUUCUACAGUGACGUGAAGCAAUUCAAGGAACACUCAGCAAUCAUUGCGCUGUUGAACCGAUUCGCAUUGUCCUUCUUCAAGCCAUCGUUCGCCAAGGAUCUGGUUUCCAUGGAGAUUUUCGAUGCUGCCAAGUCGGCAUCUUUUCCCAACACCCAUAAGUGCUUGGGAGAUACUGCUGUACAAGUAGCGGGAUCCUGUAGUAUGGAUAAUGUCUACCUUCUUCUUGUCCUGAUGGUUCUGGAUGGCUUUCUCAGGGCAGGCAGUGUCAACGCUAGCCGCAGCACUAAGUUGAGCUGGGAACAGAUCGCAGAGAAGAUCGCUUGGGAUGACACUGAAGGGGAGAAGACCGUUCUGCUGCAAGUGUGCGCUAAGGACUGGCGGCUGGGCUAUUACGACGACUUCCAGCAGUAUUGUACCGUGGCAUUGCUGGUCAAGAAUGUUUGCAAGAAGAAACAGACACUCACUAACAUCCUUAUGAGCAGCUUUGUCGGCCAACCAGUUGACUACACUGGCAGAUCGCCGACACCCACAGGUCAGCCGGAUCACAAACUGUCAGAUUGCGAUUUGGAAGCCAUCUGGAUUCUCAUCCACUUUGCCAUGCCUACGGUAAAUGAUGUUGCGUCCCUGCUGGAGUAUGUCAACUCUCAGCUGUCAUGCACUGACUCUACUGAUAUCAGAACAGGAAGGCUGUGCACCACUGCGUGCUUCUGGAUGCAUCCAGACUUCUUCCGCAAGAUCUUUGACUACGCAGCAAAAUCCAAGGAACGAAUGUGGCAGCAGCUGUUUAAAACCAGUGACCUAGUGACUACUGGCAAUCAUCCUUGCAAAGAAGUAGCGCUCAAGACCAUUCGUCAGGUGCUUGCUGACAGCUACUUCUGUGGCGACCAAUCAGACAGCCGUGAACUCCUUCAAGAUCUGGGUGCGGGUGACAGCAGCGUAGAAAAGUGGGCGCAUGGAAACAUCUUGCUGGCCUUCUUCCUCGGUGAAGGACCCGUGGCUCAGUUUCCCGACAUGGAAGAGGGACUCACAGUUCUAUGUGACGUAAUUGUGAGUCAGAAGGAUUCCCAGUUCACCUGCAGAGAACUAACAACGCUUCUGCAGCGCCUCCAUGACAUUGUCGAUGGAAAUCCAGCCAGUUUAAUGAAGGUGGUGACAAACUCCAAGAUGCUGUGCACACUUUGCAUUGAAGAUGUGCAGCCGACAGCGGAAAUUCCCACGGUGGGACUGGCUAGCAAGCAUCUAGUGCAUGAUGAGAGGACCCUGGCUACUCACUUGGAUGAGCUCGUGGCUGUGCUGGAUGUCCUGGCGAGCCACAAGCAUACCGUAUCGCCAACGAAUCCUAUCAUCAUUGCUUGGUGGUCGUACUGUCGAUGGUGGGCCAGAGAGUGCCGACAACGCUUCCGCGCAGAUCUCUCACCUCUGCUCGAGCAGCUGUCCAGGCUUGCUACAGCACGAAGCGAUGCCGCGUUGACCGCAAGCCACACAGUGACCGAAGGCUUGCUGUUCUCUAUUCUUCUAGACGAGCUGGAGUGGUACAGGCCUGGUCCGCAGGUACUGAAGUAUUCCAACAUACUUGCUCCAAUGCUAACCAUGUGUCACUGCACCUGGAAGAACUUUGUUAGCAUUGAAUCUCCUACUGAAUGCUGCAUACCGGCUACUGCAAUGCAAGGCUUUGUGAAUCUUAGGCAGGAGCUGGAUGUCUUGCAGGAUAUGUUUGCCACCGACAAGUGUACACGUCACAUUUGGAACCAGUUCAAGGACAACGCUGCUGCCAUUGGCACCCUGCUUCACGCAAUGGACCUUCCCAAUCUGGCCAACAUGAAUGCCUGGAGUGAUGCGUUGGCCAAGUAUAAGAGUCACGUGCGUGUACUUCAGUGGCUCCAGGAAGAGGGCGUGCCUGAUGCUGGCACAUUGCUACAACGGCUGCACGAUAGCUACACUCUGGGUGAUACGACUCUCGUUGACUUCUGCAACGUCCUGGGUGAGAUAGAUGCAGGACUACUGAGCAAGUUUGGCACUACCCUUGGCAACUCCCAGGCAACUGUAGCAGAGUACAUUUGCAACACGCUAUGCAAGAGCAUUAUUUGCAGGCACUACAUGUCCAAAGCCAUGACCAGGAGAUCGGCAACAGCACACUUGGCAAAGCACACAUGGCCCAAGGUUAUCACCGGUCACGUGAGGGAGAUCUACAAGCAGGUCUCCUAUCUGUUCCGUCCGCAAACUCCACUGCACAGCAUCUCGUCCAUAGUCGACUACGUCAUUGCCCAGAUGCCGGACUCCGCUCAUGAUCGCACGCAAUCGCUGGACCUGGUGUACGGCGAGAUUCAGCUGAUUUCGGCAUCACCAGCACACGCCGAUCAGACUGCCGGUGCUGAACGCCUGAUGCGCUUGCUACGUCUUCAGAUUGUACGGCAGAGCAAAGGUACACAGAACAUGCGCCAGGCACUGCUCAAGCGUGUUACGCAAGAUGACGCGGGCAUACGACUGCUGGAGACGGAUAUGGAGCGCGCUGAGAAGGAUGAUGGAUUCACCACCCUCGAGAAAAUUGACAAGAACAGCGAAGAACUGUACGCGCUGGUGAAAGAUCUCCAGCCGUGCCACUGGGAGUUCUUCCGGCUAAUUGCGACUCAGAACUGCUUCUACCUAUUCGACUUCUUCCGGCAGGUGUUCAAUAAUGAAGCGGAUUUUGAGAAGCGCCUGAAAAUUGCUAACACUCGCCUUCAAGGAGACCCACGUAGCAGCGCUCAAAUCAAGACCUUGCUGGACAUCAAGCCGGUGAUGAUGGCAUUUUACCAACCCGAGCGCACAGUAGCUGCCAUUAUUGGACAGUUGCAGAUGGUCACCGUCAGUCCCGGGCUCCUGGAGAGCCUGAUGGAUAAUUUGAGAGCUGUCAGGGACAUGCUGAACUCGGCUAUGGAGAGCUCGUUUGACCGAGCCAAGCGUGAUAUGAUAGGUCUCAUUCGAGGAGAGCCGGUCAAGGCACGGCUUGUUAGUCAGAGCAAUGGCAACCUGAUGUAUGAAUGUAGCUAUCACCAGCCAGCUAGUGGCUUCUCCACUAGCCCGAGCUCCGAUCCCGCACUGUGCACCGAGCAGCGGUCGGUUCUGAAGGAGCUGCGGAUGCGCCGUCUUGAGGAGCUGCAGCUCUGCUUGCCAUACUUCUGUCAUCUACCUGAAACAAAUACUGAGGAGGAUCCGAAGCCAGGUGAUGAUGAUCUCUGCAGCGAGACUAGUGCCUACAUAAAUCUCUCCAACCUUCUCGCCAGCCUGCGACAGCUGUUUGAAAGUGUCCUUGGUCUACAGAACAGCGGCAACACAGAGUUCUUUCAGCUGUUUCCAGGCCUCAAGAGUGGCUUCGACUUGAAUAUGUACGAGAUCGAGUACUUCCAAGAAAAGGUCCGGCUGCACAGAGGAAUCUGGCAUGACCAGCUUAGACAACUUCGUUCCACCUCAACAUUCCUGGACUUGCUUCCAAGCAUAAGCAUCGGGCAGCUUCUUGCCGAGGGCAAGGCUUGGAUGAGUCGUUACGCUAGCACGGGAGAUGGCAGCAGCGACUUCUAUCAGCUGCCGUGCAGUUUGAUGGCUCGAAUCACAUCGGUUAUUGGCUUGGUGGCAUCGCCAACUGCAUUGUCAUUUCAGAUGGUGUGCACAGCACUCUCGGAGGCUGUGGGCUCGAGCAGCGCUUCCAGCAUGCUUGAGCAGGUGAUCAACUCACUGGAGCUGCAUCAGUCCAGGUCAGGUGUGACCAAUCAAGGACAAGUGUUGUGCGUGAGUGAGCAGUCACAAGUGACCAGGACGUCGUCAUUCGCAUCGCUGCUUUGUGAACAUUUUCGCAACAUUCAACUGUGUCGAGCGCAGUUCCUCUUCUGCAGUGAGACAACGAGUGAGAAUGAGAUACAUGACUUCUUUCGCGCCAUCUCUAUUAGCCCUGGAAAGAAGUUUGCCGUGUGUGGCGUAGACCGCAUGGCAACCCACUGCUUGGCAGCAGUGGUUUGCCAUCAGCAGUUAUUACAUCGAAACAGCAGCCUUGCUGUGCAAGUUUUCUACCUGUUUGACCAACAGGACUACUGGAAGUUAUGGCCGAGCCAGCAGUACCGCUGGCUGCAGGCAGACGAACUCCACUGCGCAUCAAGCAGCGCUCUCCAACUCUGCUUUAGAUCAGUGAGCUCCUGUUGGAAUCAACACUCCACUGAGUUCCGGUUUCCUGAGGUGUUUCUCAUCCAUGGAGCGGCUGGUGCGGGGAAGUCCCACUACAUCAAUCACACAUGCUCGGAAUGUGAUAGCUGCACCCCCGAGAUCAUCAAUGUCUCAUCUCACGAAGACACAGAGGCCAUCUGCAAGAGCUUGCGCAAGCUGCUGCACACCUCAGCUGCCUCCAAUUUCAGCAUGAUUCAAAGUGUUGCCUUUCGCGUGGCACCGGCAGCAGACCUGGAUGCAGUGAACCAGAUCUUCUUUGAGCUUCUCUGGUGCCACUCGUUGUACUCUGGCCGCAUCAGCCAGUCGGUGUUUUCCAUACCUGGAGGUGCUGCACAGCGUUGGCGAUGGUACAUUGAGCUGCCGGACGCAUUCAUGCGACCGGACAGCAACAACACCUCACCAGAUCCGCUGAGGGGACUUCCCCUUGUCACGGACAUUCUCGAUUCCGAACACAUCAUCCUCGUCUCAGAAAGCUCCUAUGGCUUGCAUCUGGACGAUGAAAAGCUUCGACCCCUGGCUGCCGUACUGAAGGAAAGCAAGACUGGCCUUGGGAGGCCCACGGUGAUCGGUGAGGAGGCCAGACAUCUUACCACUGAAAACAUCUUCCCCUACGAGACAGAGCACCUCGAUGACAAGGAUGCCCAUGACCAACUUGAUGAGUUUCUUCGUGAGUGUGGUGGCAACGUAACUGGGAGACUUCAGCAACUGUUUGUUUUCGACUACGUCUAUCAAAAGUGGAGCACUGCAGCCAAAGAACUAGCAUUCCGGGCGGCUGUCCUAAUGGCCUUGCAAAAUUUAGCACAGCUUGUGUUUGACCAGUACAAAGAGCAAGCCAAAGCAUUCUGUGGAAAUGCUCAUAUCUGCAACUUCAAGGAGCUUCGCAGUCCGGUUCUAAUCUACGAUGGGAGAAUGGCAUUUAAGUUCCUCUUCCCACAUCCUAUACCACGGAAAGAGCUUCCAGAUCUGAAAUCCCGAGUGAAUGGGCAAACUUUCAUGUGGCUAGAGCAAUUCAACUUGCAAAUGCCUCGAGAGUGGCAGGAGUUGCUGAGAUGGAAUUUUUCUAUCAAGCCAUGCGACCUUGAGCAACUACGAGCCAAGAAGGAGUUUGUCAUCACCGAGGACUUUGCAUACAAACUGGUUGCUGUACAGGAGCGUAAGAAAUCUGGCAAACCGCUGAUCCUGGAAGGUGAGACAGGCACUGGGAAAUCAUUCUUGCUUGACACAUUCACAGCGCUUCUCAAUUACGAAACAAUCAACUCAACGCAGCACUUGCAGAAGAUGAACCACUGGAUGCGUCACCUGAUAUUGCAGGUGUUGUGGCCGGAGAUAGGUGAAGAGUUUCGGAACUGGUAUGCUGGUGAUACUUCAGAUGACUUGCCAUCAAAGGUGAACAGAGAGGAUUACCAGGUGGAGAACUUGAAUGCCAGAUGUGCGUGCAACGCCUUCGAGCUGAAGAUGAUUUGGAGGAACCUGCUGCACUCAAAUCCAUCCAUUUGUGAAAAGGCCAAACUUGAGUUGAAGGCAGAGAUUCUGGAAUGCGAAGCUGAAUUUAAAUUGCUUUUGCCAGUCUCCACAACUGUGUCCCUUGCCCUCAGAAAUGACCGACUAAGCAACGAAGACUCUUGUCAGCUCAUUCUAGACUGGCUGGCCACGCCACGAAAGACGCUGUUCAGAAAGAUGCUCGUCCAUCCUGGUAUCACCAAGGCAAUAAUUCAAGAGUUUGUCCGUGAACUUGCUGAUCUUGUACGUGGAACUAAUGUCAGUGUUGUUGGCUUCUUUGAUGAAGUGAACACAGCCAGCUGCCUCAACAUAUUCAAGGAGCUCAUUGUUGAUCGCACUAUUGAUGGGAAGAAGCCAGAGGGUGUUGAUCAGAUGUUUUUCGUGGCUGCCAUCAAUCCUCCGUGCAGUCCUGUGGACCUGUGCAACCCUGGACCUUUCCCGGUGCGGCUGUCCGAGAGGUCGGAAGAAAGUGAACGCUGGCAGGAGGAGCUCGGCUUGCAGUACCUCGUUCACCCUCUGCCCAGGACAAUGGCACACUACUGCUGGAAGUAUGAAUCACUGACAGAUAAAGAUGAUAUCAGAGAGUAUGCUUCUCAGAAGAUCUGGCACAUGGCGGUCAGAAAUCAACUGGAACUUGCCGAAUCACCUGCUGAAAUCAGUGAGGCAGUUUUCGAUUUUCUCAGCUCGUAUCUCUAUCACUCGUUCACUUACUGCACGGAAAAGGUGUCUAAACGGUUUGUGAGUCAGCGCGACAUACAGCGUGUCUUCAAGCUCAUCCCCUAUUUCUGGCAUGUUGAGACCAAGUGGCACCUUCGGCAUCGGGCGCAGUUGCAGAAUGCUCAACCCGACUUAAUUAUGGUAAAGUGCAUUCUCCAGUCUAUUGCCAUGGUGUUCUACCUUCGCCUGCCAGAAGAGCCAAGUAUUACAUAUCCUGGCGUGUGCAGGAAUCACUUUGACAAGACCAUAUUUGACAAUGUUCGUUGUGACACCCAUGGUCGCUUCACAAACUCAACCAUCGGGACCGUGUUGCAGGGGUGCGUUGACACGUUCGUCACAGAAGAGCACUUCACGAUCCCACCAGGUGUUGCCCUUACAUCUGGCCUGAAGGAGAAUAUCUUCUGCUUGGUGGCUUGCAUCAACGAGAAAAUCCCGCUCGGAAUCAUUGGUGAGCCGGGAUCCUCCAAAACUCUCAGUUACCAGAUUGUCAGCCAGAAUCUGAGAGGAACGCACUCAGAGCAGGCAUUCUGCAAACUCUUCGCGUCAGUAGACUCCUUCUUCUGCCAGUGCUCUCCCGAUACCACCACAGACCAGCUGCAUGCGGUGUUUGAGAGUGCAAUUGAUCGGCAGGAGUAUCAUGACGAUGCUGAGCGCAAGCUAUCACAGCCACAGACCACAAUACAACAGGAAAAUAAAUACUUGUUCAGCUUAUUCGGAGGUGACGACGGGAAUGGUUCCAUGAAUCCUCCAGCUGACCAAGCAGCAGACCGGCCUACAGAAGACAGGAUUCGGACAAAUGUCACUGUCUUUGUAGAUGAAGCUGGUCUACCCAGCAUGAAGCAGAAUCGCAUGGUGAUGAAAGUCCUGCACAGCUACCUUGAUGAACAGAAAGUAGCUUUCAUAGCCCUGUCCAACCACUGGUUCGAUGCCGCCAACACUAACCGUAUGCUGACAGUCUUCCGAUCACUUGCAUCCGAUGAGGAUCUGGUGGUACUUGCUCAUGGCUGCAUCGAGCACGAGUUGAGCCACCACUGCGAUGAUGACAUCACCAGGUUCAUCCGUGGAGUGUGUGAAGGCUAUAGCAAGGUGCGAGAGGAUUGCUCCAACUGGUUCCAUCAGCGUGACCUUAUCUCCCUGUUCCGCACUCUGCGUCGUCACCAGAAGAGACUCAACCGUCGCACAAUCAGCACCCAUCCGGACGAACUGCUCAAGGCCAUUGAGGAAAACUUCAAUGGGCAUCCGUCAGUUGGUAUCACAGAUAUUGUCAAGAUAUUUUUCUCUGCAGUUGCCAACCACCUUGCAACGUUUGCGUACGAAAGCGUGUGCUGUCGCAAUUCACUGGAGAUUCUAAUUGACCUGAAAGCGCAGCUGGAAGAGGAAGACAUUGGCAACACCAAUGCCUUGGCGAUGCGAUUUCUGAUGAUAGUCGACGACUACGGAUGCGACUAUGCCCUGCUGGACAUGCUCUACCAUAUCAAGUUCUUGGAGAACGAUGCGCAGAAAACGCACGUCUUUCAGCUGUCCAACACCAGCAGUGACGAGCAAGAGUUAGAGUGCACGACCGUGCUGGCAAAGAUCAGACAGUGCCUGGAAAAACCGUGCACAGUGGUUCUGGUCAACUCGCCGAAACUCCACGGCUACUUGUAUGAACUGCUCAACCAAUCCUAUCAAACUAUAUCAGUCGAUGACAAGAAGUGCGCCUACUCCAAUAUUGCCAUGAAGGACAGCACGUUCCCGUGCCAAGUUCACGAGCAGUUCCGCUGCGUGGUGCUGUUGAAUCGCGAGCAUGCGUCCAGGGAGAGAACACCAUUCCUGAGCCGCUUUGCAAAGUUUGCUGUCCAACCAGAACAAGCUGUGGAAUAUCUAAGCAGGCAAAUGUCACCAGUUGAAACUCUGCAGCAGCAGUACAAUGAUGUUUUGAACAUUCUCACCUUUGAGCCCAGUAUGGAAGGAGCUUUUCUUGGCUGCGGCAGCGCAUCUCAAUUUCGUAACACAGUUGCAUGCCUUGCAGUGGGACAUGUCACAUCUGACACACAUCACUCAUUUUCCGUGUCGUCUUUGGCUACACGGGAGGAGCGAAAGAGCAUGGUGUCUUCGCUGCUUGGUCUGCUGCCCCUGGAACGUUUCCUUCCCGUGAUGGAGAGUCUUUCAUCAAUCUACUCCGACCUCUAUCUGAAGGCUCACGAGCAUUCCACCAUCCGCGAUCUGAUUGAGGAGACUACGGAGCAGGCAAGGCUGUCGAAGUCCCAUGUCAAGUGUCUUGUUGUCUGCCGCUCACCGCCGGCAAAUCUCGACCAGUUUCUUGCCUGUACACGUGGUGGCGGUGAUGAAGGAAACACUGGUACGCAUUACAUGGGACCGAAACUGGCGGACAGCAUCACCGUAUUGGCGAGCCGAGAGCUCAGGAGUGUGCUGCACGCCGAACAAAAACUAGAAGAGUUCAGGAAGAGCGGAAAAGUCUGCCUAGUUCUGUGUGUGGACACGUCCAAAGGUGCCGCGAAACUUCACACAGUCGGCGCUAUCAAACAAGCUGUAGACACCCAGGUUCGUAUGUGGUGCCAGUCGGACGCGGAGAGGAAAACACCAAGAGCCAUUAUUGUCCUGCUGCACUCGUUGCUACAUUCUUCCGGUGAGAAAGUACUGUGCACAUUCCUCAACGGCUGGCAGACUAAGCUGGUGGCUGUGCCAAAUCCCAGCCACGUAUGUCCUCAGAACAUUACCUCUUUUGUCACCAGCCAAUACAAGAGUGGCCCUAUCCAGCAGAAUGAGGAGCAGCUAAGAAGUAUUUCUACUGCAACACUUCAGUGGAUGAAGGAGAGAACCACUGACCUUGCCGCAGAGAUAUCAUCCUUUCUUCCAUGGAAAUCACUGUUGAUCUUUGCAAGUGACGCACAAGAUUCAGAGCCUGCACAGCUUUUCACAAGCAUAAUAAAAGCUCAAGCAUCACCAGAUCUGCGUCCGCGUGUCAUUGCAGGUGUAUUCGAUAGGCUGCCCGUGAUCUUGGAGAGGGCUGUAGAAGCAUUCGCACGGCGGAUUAUGAUCAAAGGGUAUGGACAGAUUGGCGCAAUCAGAACACAAGUAAGCAGCAGCGGUGGACGGUUGAGCUUGGUUGACAUGAUGAUAGACUGGCAGAAUGAAGAGCUGCACUCUCUCUUGCUGUGCAGCGUGAAGUCAACACUGAUGGGCUGCAACGUGUCGCUGUUAACUGACCCAAGUCUGGACGAACAGCUCAUUCCCAAGCUGAGUGAGUUUGCUACAACUGGAGAGGAACUUGAAACUAUGUGGUCCCAGGCUUCCGCACGUCAUCUCGCCACCCCAUUCUUUUUCCACAUCAAGACAUACAUACAGGAGUUGGUGCUGAGACUUGGCAGUGGCAGCAACAGCAACAGCAUUGACUCCUUGACUGAUCUCCUCGUUGCUGAUCCGAUCACGUCUCCGCUUCUUGCCGAGAAAAAGUUCACCCAACUCUAUGUUCGGGACCUGGUGAGAACAUGCUUUUCGUGGACGGGUUCAAAGAAAGCGGUGACAUUUGUGUGCAACUAUUUGGCCAAGUGGUUUGAGUCUAGCGUUAUGGUUGAUGAUACUGGAGCCAGCCAAUCGGAACUACCGUUCGUACAUUCAAUUGUCUUCCAGGAGGACGUGAAGCUAAUACUAGUGGCACUGCUAACAAGCUACGAGGAGCUAUUGAUGAUGGAGGCCGAUGGUCAGGCCGUGAUUCAACGCACUGAACAACUCCUGCGUGAGGCGCAUCCUGAUGAUGUUCCAACCGAGUUUGCCAAUCUGCUUGUGGAGACACUAUGGAGUAUGCUGACCAGAGCACUGGAGUUCUCAGUCGCAGAUGACCGCGGCAAAGUGUCCGCCCUGCUGGUCAGCUGGACACGACUUUUCAACACUCUAUCGCAGCACUGGCAGUUGCGACAAGCCACCUGGGGACGGAAAGGGUCACGAGUUUUGCUUAUGUCUGAGGUCCACAAUCACCUGAUCACUGGCAAAGGCCGGGAGAUCAACAUGAUGGACUUCAUAUGCAUGAUCCUGGAGUCAUGCAUGAAUACUCGACUCACCCGUUGGAAAAACACAGCCCAUCCGAUCUUCAUCAGCUAUGUGGAUAGCAGCAAUCCAGCUGGGAUAAGUGGAUCUAUGCCAGUGCGGCAUUCGGAGCUGGUGGAGAGCUUGCUCAACAAUCUCGAUCCCGAUGCCACCACCGAGGACUUGCAGCUCCUCCGGCUGGGAUGCUGCCUGUGGACCAUAUCGUUGCUGGAAGGUGUUGAUUCUUUCAACCGCAAGAUGUUUGAAAUGAUCUUCUUGAGUCUGAGCAAUGUUGAUCACGAUGACUGCGUGCAGCAGCCAUCCUGCCUUUCCGACUCCUGUGCCACCGCAUGUCUUCAGCAAGCACAGCACAAACAAAGUUGCAGACUGCAGGCGAUAGGCAGAGAGAUGCUGCGCUCGGAGCAGUUGGACUCUAUCCAGGAGGCGGUUGAUCAAUACGCCAUGCGGUUGCUACCUGAAGGUCUUUCUGUUCACAGGGUGGAUAAGACCUACGAAGGAGCAGCCAGCAAGUCAUACAUUAUUGCACACUAUCAGCCGUCCAGUCUGCCCUGCAGUUUCACAGAAUCUGCAGACCACAAGCAGGCAGAUAAGAAUGUGUGUAUGAAAAUACAAACGGUAUUUUCUCUCCCCUCUGUCAAUGGAUUCUACAGGUUUGCUUGUCGCUUGUUCCGACAUGGUCCUGAGUCGUUGCACGAGUUUAGGACUGCUGCCAGCCUGAAGUCGGGAGGUUCAUCGUCUAGAGGCAUUGGUUGGGUUGUCCGCCAGUGUGCCAGCACUCAAAUCGUGUUUGAGGCUUCAGCAAGGUCACUUGCUGCUUACUUCCUAAAGCAACAGCGGCAACACCAGCAACAGCGACAGCGACAACAGCAGGGCGCAAGCUCCGACGACUGCGCCAGUUCUGCCAUUGAUAUCCACGACCAUGAGAUGUUGGUUUGUAUAGAUGGCCUUGCUGCGGAGCACGCUUCAAGUCCCGAGUGGCUGGUCAUGAUGCUCUGGUGGAUUCUGUACCUUCUACCGCUGGAGUGUGCAACAAGUGGCCUUGAGGAGCUCAGUGCGGCAAAGCUUCAUGACCAGUCACUCGCUAAAUGGUGUGUUCCCCCUUCCGGCAUGGCUGAGCUGCGUAGUCUCAACAAUAUCUUGACUGAGGUGCGUAUGAAGACUGCUAGUGACUUUCUCCUGUACCAGCAGCUGAAUGGAAUGCGAGAGUGCAUGCAGCAACUCAACACAGCACCUGGUGGCAGUACGGUAGUCCGCAUCAGGAGUCGCUUCGAGCAAACACUCAAACAGUCGUCGCCUGUCCUGCAACGCACUGCCGAGGCAUGCAUCUUCACCAAGGUGGCACUCGACUUCUUCCUGAAAGGAGACACUGCAUUCCAGGAGCAGCGUGAACUGCGCAGUCUGAAGGACACCAGUCCUCUCUUCAAGCGGGCCCUAGACGUAUUGUUCAACGUAGGAGACCGUGGAGACUUGUUAAAGCUGAAGGAGAUUUUAGCGGACCAGUCAGCUGAGAAUUUGGCCACCAGGGAUUACCUCAUCGAGACGUUGGCAGUGCUGUUAAUGAUGUCACCGGGUACAUACUGGCACACUUGUUUGACUGACACUGGCAAGCUCAAAGGCACGUACAUUUUCGGCGCAUCGUCGUCGCGCCAUAUGAUUCUCCGGGGUGCGUCUGGAAUCGAUGACUUCUUCCAGCUGACUGCCCUGCAUUUGCCGGAGUUUUCCCUUGAGCCAAGCUUACACCAGCAGUCCCAGCCCCUGCUGAGUCUGAUUGGGUACAUACUGGCUGCACUGCUUACGUACUCAACCCUAUGCUGGAAUGCAAUUCUCUUGCCUGAGGAGAAGCAGUGGCUUAACAUUGCUGAGCGCCAGAGAUUGAGCACAUCUAACAUUACUGCAGAAUCGAACUCCAGAAUUUCGUUCGUAAAGCACUGUAUCAGAAAGAUCAAAUACUUUCAAACUCUGCUACCUGGCUCUGACGUCAAUGUGCCCACAGUUGGCUGUGGGUUUCUGCCAAUGGUCUCCCUGCAAUACCUUGGCAAGGUUGUCAACGGUGGCUGCACCGUAUUCAAUGACACUUACAUCAGUGCCGACAAGAGAAGGGCUGCAGAAUGCACUUUCCGAGAUGAGGUCUGUGCAGCGGCACUGCGUGUUUUCAGUGUUGACUUGGGCAAGUUCCUGGAUCGCUGCAUGUCCUCAGCUACCAUCCCCAACUUUGGCGAGACCCACCGAUUGCAACUGCGAUAUGUUCAUGAGGAGCAGCAGAGUCUACUCCAGUUCAUGUCAAUGACCAGCCUGCCCACGAUGCCCUCUUUUCAGCUUCCCAUAUUUUCCGAUCGUAAAGCCGCCAUUUGCUGCAUGGCAUCAGAGAGCCACGCUAUCAUCACCGAGCUUCUGGCCAACUUCCCUAUCUACUGCAUCUUGGCUAAACUUCCACCGAUUGUAAAGCUGUAUCGUGACCUUCUCAAAGCCCUGUCCGGAAAACUAAGCUUCCAAGAUGUUGCUGGAGGGCAAUUGAGUCUGCAGAAAUCGCUCCGCUCAGUUGGAAACCAGCACGCAGCGUUUUCAAAGAAACUAGAUGAGCUGAAACGGGAUAUUCAACUGGUUGUGGACAGACUGCAGAAACACGACCCAGGCUGGGACUGCGGUGAUACUCACAGAGUUGGUCUCUCACUGGACACUGAGCUUGCGGACUGGGUGAACACACCGCUUGCGGACUGGGUGAACUAUGGCGGGUGCGCACACCCGCAUCCACUUUUGUAUCGCGUUAUCACUCGCUCUCUCUGGUGGCAAAAUCGAUUCAAUGACGUAUGCCAGCGUGCAAAGAGCCAGCGGAGCACUUCAGCCGAGCUGCGCAAGUCCCUGGAGUGUAUUGUCACUGACCAACCAUUAGAUAUGCAUGAUGUCCUGGAGCAGGAAAACUGUGCCACUGGUCUUCUGCGUGUGGAUGAACACGAAGUGGACACACUGAUCUCGAUGCACUACAGCGUGCAAUGGCAGGAUGAACACUGGCGUGUCAUUAUCGACCUGGACCAGCUGGAGCGGUCGUUGGCUUGGAAGCUGUCUGGUACUGUCAGGAGAGUCAAGUGGAUCGAGAGAGACCUGAGAUUCUUCUUCUGUCGCACGGAGAGUAAAUUCCUCAAAGAUCACCUCGCCUGGAUCAUUGGUUCUUGCCACCCUCUUACAGACGUUCAGCAUCAGAGCAUAGAGGAGAGUUUUGCUAGUACAGAUUUGAGCAGCUCGAAUGAUGUGAUGAACUUGACUAUGGGCUUGGAGAAGCUGGCACGUGAUCUCAUGCACCUGCGCUGCACGGAACCUCUAUCCACAGGCCAAUCAUUGUACGAUCUUGCCGUGACGUACUCCAGUGAAGGCAUAGCGAAGUUUGUUCACUACUUUGACUUUCUGCGCCUGGCACACCUUGGUGACGUCCUGGACAUUGUACGCCGGCAUCGUGAUACUGAAGAUCAACGCAACAUCCUUGGUGAAUGCAGUCCGAUCCUGGGGGAAACCCCGGACAGCGGUGAAAGUGACCAGGUGUUGGAGGUGAUGGCCAGGCACUUUGCUAACAGCAUUUCCAAUCUAUCACUGGCAAUCCACAGUCUUCUCGGUCUACUGCAGCAUGUGCAGAGCGAGCCUACUAAACAACUGGACAUAGUUGUGCACUCGUCUGACCUAAAGCACACGGCCCUUGGUCAGUUCCUCGAAGCACUCCGGGUGGACGCCGGUGUCAGCCUCGCAGGCUGUCACUACAAGUGGCUUCUUCAAAGACUGCAAGACUGUCUGGUGCGGAUGAAAGCUGAGCGUCUUAACCGGGUGACUGCGCAGCUGAUUGACUCUGAUCCCUGCAACCUUGUGAUAGUUCAGCCUCCACCUGAGCCUGAGCCGCCUGCUCCACCGAAUGACGAUGUUCUGGUGAAGGUAACUCUUGAGCAGACAGGGUCAGCAAACACCGUCACCACCUCACUCGCAUGCAAAAGAACAUCUAGCUGCUUGGAAACAGUCAAGGAAGCCGUUCGUGAAGGUAGAGGUGUCAAGAAGCGUAUUGUAUUCUACCGCCUGGCUGACCCUGAUGCUGAAGAGUUUGAGCCGGAUUCAGACAAUGAUGGAGAGCUUCAGGAUCUAAUGGAUGAUGACCAGACAGAGCUGGCGCUGUAUGUCUUCCACAGGAAAUGAAAAGCCAUUUUCCUAUGAGUGCCUGGGUCGGCAAAGGUGUCACGGUUUCCGGUCCGUCAUUCUCACGCAUGCAAUGUCACGUAUGUGCUACUCUGGUGAUGCCAGCUGCAAUGAUCACAGCCAGGUCCUAUAGAAUAGAAGGCCGACGUUCAGGUACCAGAUUUUUAUUCUAUUAUUGUUUUAUUCAUUCGUUCCGACUCUAUUCUGAACUCUAUAGCAAAGGUGCAUGUUUUUAUUGGCCCACUCUGCUGCCUUAUAACCUUAGGAACGUUUUAGUGAACUUGGACUUGAAGAUUCUGCAGCCAAAGACAUACUCAAAUUUGAUAGGUGAUCAAUUUUAGUUCUUGUAAUUUUUUUGUGUUCCAAAAAAACUGGUAUUGACAAUACACUUCAAAUCAUUCUUGUGUUCUUUCUGCAUUGAAGAAUAUGGUUUCAUAUUACACACACAUUUUUCUAAGAAAGGGAGGUGUGGAAGAGUGUGAUCACUCCUUCAUAAGAAUCAUACAUUUUUAUGUAUCACUCAAGUUUGCCUGGGUUGAGAUCACUCACAUUUGCCUGGAUUUGAGUAUCUUCUCUGCAGAGCCUUCCUUUAAUUGACUGAAUCUUUGCUCGCUGCAGGGAUAUUGUGAUACUAUUGCUUUAUUAAUGUUAUUAUCCCCCCCCCCCCUCCCCCCCCCCCCUCUCAAAUGCUAUUCCUCAUGAAAGUGAUUUGAGUUUAAUGCGCGGUUUGACAGCGCAUGCACGUCCUGUGCAUUAAAGAAUAAUUGUGGAACGUGCUUCGUUCAUUUCACUGAUAUUAUUUGAUUGAUUUUCAAAUGCGUGAAACCUCUGCGAAUGAAAAGGCAUGCCCUCCAAAGACAAGUUGUUCCUGUAGGUGUUCAAAUUUAUCCCUAUAUUUAUUUCAAGAUAUACAUUCAAAUCUAUCUCUCUGCCAUUGCGAUUGUACUCUGGUUAUUGAGUCAGUUGCUAGCUGAUCUGAAUCCUUACCUUUUUCUAUUACAUGAUCUGGUAUGUCAGAUUCGGUUAUAGACCAAGUCACACGAUUAUGUUGUCUCAUCCGCCGGGCAGUUUAGGUCCUCGGUCAGCCUA